AUAGCGGGCAAUGAAACAGCUGUUUUUUUGCGUGAUGAGACAUCUAGCGGAACGCGUGCAAUAUAAUCUCAUAUGCAAUAGCAACAGCAACAGCAACGAAUGAAUAAGAUGCAUGAUACGGAACCGAUCGCAUCUAUCGUACUUAGAAGAGUUAACUAAGAAACCAUGGCAGCUGGUUGUUGUGGAACGAAAAAGCAAAAGUUGAAUGAUUCUACAAGUAUACCACGUAAUAAUACCGUAAGUUUACAAAAUGGUAUUCGUAUACGGAACUCUAUAAUAGUUCAGCCUGAGAUGGGCUUUUAUUGUUUCGAUGUCCUUUACUGCCAACUGCACCAACUUGACCCACCAAAACCACCCAACUUCAGUAACGAAGCUUUCCCUUUAUUUGUAACAUGGACCACGGGUAAAGAUAUGAGAUUAAGGGGUUGUAUUGGUACAUUCAAUGCAAUGCAAUUGCAUGCUGGAUUAAGGGAAUAUGCUACUACUAGUGCUUUCAAGGAUUCACGGUUUAAUCCUAUCACAUUAGAAGAACUUCCACGAUUACAUGUAAGUGUUUCUAUACUCCGACAUUUUGAAGAUGGAGCAGAUUAUCUAGACUGGAUAAUAGGAGUUCAUGGAAUUCGUAUAGAAUUCCAUAAUGAAAAAGGCAAUAAACGAACUGCUACAUAUUUGCCAGAUGUAGCAAUAGAGCAAGGAUGGAGCCAAAUUGAAACAAUAGACUCUUUGCUACAUAAAGGAGGCUAUAAAGGAUUAGUUACUCCUGAUAUUAGACGUAGUCUGAAAUUAACUCGAUACCAGAGUGAGAAAGUGACUGUGAGUUAUCAAGAUUAUUUGACACAUUGGCAAGGUCGAAGAUGCUAGCAACUGCCCUGGGGUUCUCUCAAAGGACCCCCCAUUUAUCAUAUAUCUGGCAACAUUUGUUAUCUAAAUACAGAUACAUUUAAUUGUUGUCUACAAUAUAUUAAUUAUCAAUGCAAUAAUAUAAUGGCCAGUCAACAAGCAUUCAUUAUAAUAGAAGUUAAUUAUUUUUCAUAUACACAAUUGUGUUCAAUAUCUAUUAAUUUUAUCGUCUUAUCCUUACAAAAUCAUCUUUCAUUUCUAUAUAUAUAUGUACAACUUUUUUAUUUAUCAUUAUAUCAUAAUCAUUAUCACAAAUGUCUUCCUGUAAAAGCUAUGGAAUACAUAAAUAUGGUACUAAAAGCAGUUCAACUUAAUCUUUUGAUAUUUCCAGUCUUGUGGUUUAAUUCAUAAGAAAAUGUUUGUUAACAAAGAUAAUAGAAUCCUGAGUAUGAUGGCCUUAUCCUUUCUAAAUCAUUAUUUACAAAAUACUAAAUGUAGUAAAAAUAAUAUUAAUGUUCAAGCUAAAUACAGUUGGAAAUCUUUUUCAAACUGUUCUAUAUUUAAUAUAAAUAUAUUUUCAUUUAGCUCAUAUAAAAUAUUGUUUAUUUCAUUUUUUUGUCCAUAAUAUCUCUCUUUUAUUGUGACAUUUCCUAAUUAAUAGUUGAAAAAUAAAUGUACUUAAUGUGUUUACUCUUGCCAUCAUACUAACAUCUGCAUUUCUGAUUGUAGUCCAAAAAAUUGUGAUAUUCAAACGAAAUUAAUAUAUUUCACUAUUAGUAAUAUAUUUGAGAAAGUAAACAUGGAUGUCUGGUAUGUAUAAUUGUAAGCAUUAAUAGCUUUUUUUAAACAUUAAAUAUUAAAUAUACUUUUUCUUAUAUAAAAAAUAAAGAAUUGUUAAAUAUAAUACUGAAAAAUUUUUGGAAUUAAUAUUUUAUAUUACUUUUUUGUAUAGAAAUAUAUAUAAUAUCGUGUA